CAGCACCUUGCCCCGUCUAGCUCUAUCUAUCUACCUACGUACUCUUUCCCACUUAGCUAGCUAGCAGCCAUGGCCGCCCUCUCCUCUGCAGCCGUGUCCGUCCCUUCCUUCGCCGCCGGCGCCAAGGUGGCCGCUCCCCGGAGCAGCAGGAUGGUGGUGCGCGCGUCCCUGGGCAAGAAGGCCGCCAGCGCGGCCGUGGCCAUGGCCGCGAGCGCGAUGCUGCUGGGCGGGUCGGCGAUGGCGCAGGACGUGCUCCUGGGCGCCAACGGCGGCGUGCUGGUGUUCGAGCCCAACGACUUCAGCGUCAAGGCCGGCGAGACCAUCACCUUCAAGAACAACGCCGGGUACCCGCACAACGUGGUGUUCGACGAGGACGCGGUGCCCUCCGGCGUCGACGUCUCCAAGAUCUCCCAGGAGGAGUACCUCAACGCCCCCGGGGAGACCUUCUCCGUCACGCUCACCGUCCCCGGCACCUACGGCUUCUACUGCGAGCCCCACGCCGGAGCCGGCAUGGUCGGCAAGGUCACCGUCAACUAAGCUGUCAUCUAGCUCUUGCGAAUUGUUGCGGGUCGGUUGAUCGAUCGGGCGUGUCAUGCAUGCAUAUUGAUUAAUUGUACGUACGUACGCUAUAUGUAUAUGUUUUCAACUAUAAGAUGAGAUGAGGCUCUUGAUGAUAA